UGCAGCGGCAAGGCGGCAGUAAAGGGAUCCCCCUGUGGUAUCUUCUCAUGGGUUCCUUUCUUGAAGGAGUCCUUCUCCGCCUCAACUUUGUAUUCAAGUAGUGCUUUGGGGUUUGGGUUGGUUUUCUUAGCUCUUAUCCUCGGCACUCUCCUCAAGGGUGUGUGGAGUUCAGAGGAUGGGUGGAGAGUGGGUUUGGCCGGAACUGAAUUGGUGGAGGUGAAAGGGGAACGAAGGAUCCUCAGCCUUGGCCACUUGGGCCCAAUGAACCCAUUUUAUUUUUAGCCGAAGAAAAGAGCUGCAUUGGCAGCAGGGGGAAGAUUCUUUUUAGGAAGUCGGCUUUGCUGUUUCCUCAGUUUGGGGUUGGAUGCUUGAGAGCUUUGUUUCCCUUGUUUCGAGAGUAGCCCAGCUGGGUCUGAAUAGACUCUCUCUGCUCUGGCCCUCCUCCUCAUUUUUCAGCCAGGAGAAAAAGGGGAGGUGGGGGGCCGAGAAAGAGAAGGCGAGAAGGCGAGAGUCUGGCGCGCUGUCAGACAGGGGCGGGUGUGAGCUAAACAGCUGUCUUGCGAUCAGCUCAGGAGUAUGAGCCUCCUGGAGGACCGCAUGAGCUCCGGACACUUCAGGAGUCCCCAGCUAGUGACAUGGGCGAUAUGGAUCAACUCAUAAACAACUUGGAGAUCCACCUUAAUUCAGAAGGUAGCUCAAUGCAUGUAUUCAAACAGGUCACUGGCCCUGUUCAAAUUAGAGAUUCUCUUAAGACAGCAGACAGAAAUAAUAUGACAUCUCCACCACUCCUGGAUGCCAGCCCCAUGGAGAACCCAGCACUGUUAAAUGACAUCAAGAUUGAGCCCCCAGAAGAACUUCUGGCUAAUGAUUUCAACUUGCCCCAGGUGGAACCAGUUGACCUCUCCCUUCACAAGCCCAAGGCUCCUCUCCAGCCUGCCAGUAUGCUGCAAGCUCCAAUACGUCCUCCCAAGCCACAGCCUGCUUCUCAGACCCUUGUAGCGUCCACUUCAACAUCUGACACAGGCACUUCAACAAAUAUCCCUACUGUUCUGACCCCAGGCUCUAUCCUGACCUCCUCUCAGGGGACUGGUGGUCAGCAGAUCUUACAUGUGAUUCACACCAUCCCCUCAGUCAGUCUGCCAAAUAAGAUGGGUGGUCUGAAGGCCAUCCCAGUGGUGGUGCAGUCACUGCCCAUGGUGUAUACUACUUUGCCUGCAGAUGGGGGCCCUGCAGCCAUUACAGUCCCACUCAUUGGAGGAGAUGGCAAAAAUGCUGGAUCAGUGAAAGUUGACCCCACCUCCAUGUCUCCACUGGAGAUCCCAAGUGACAGUGAGGAGAAUGCAAUUGAGAGUGGAUCCUCAACCUUACAGGGCCUUCAGGGACUACAGCAAGAACCAGCAGCAAUGACCCAAAUGCAGGGAGAAGAGUCCCUUGACUUGAAAAGAAGACGGAUUCAUCAGUGUGACUUUGCGGGAUGCAGCAAAGUGUACACCAAAAGCUCUCACCUGAAAGCCCACCGCAGAAUCCAUACAGGAGAGAAACCUUAUAAGUGCACCUGGGAUGGCUGCUCCUGGAAAUUUGCUCGCUCAGAUGAGCUCACCCGCCAUUUCCGCAAGCACACAGGCAUCAAACCCUUCCGGUGCACAGACUGCAACCGUAGCUUUUCUCGCUCUGACCACCUGUCCCUGCACCGCCGGCGCCAUGACACCAUGUGAGCGGCACAGACUGCGCUAGAAGAGCUGCACAGACUGCGCUAGAAGAGCUGCACAGACUGCACUAGAAGAGUUGCACUGGUCUCUUUCCUGUGUGUGUGUGUGUGUACGCGCGAGAGCGCGCACGUGCAUUGAGAUCAUGACCAUCUUUUCCUCUUUGACUUCAGCUUGCCUCUGGGAUGGGAUUGGAACAGCUCAGUGAGCCAGGUUGAGACUGGAAGAAAAGAUAGCUGAUCUCCCACGUGGACUCUUUAUAUUUCACCUUCAUUUUUCCACUGUCCAGUUCCCAAUUUUUUCAACCUCCGCAUGGGUUGAAUUCCAGUGCGGCACCCAUGGUUGCCCCCCUCACCCCGGCCCCUAUUAUGAGAUAGGACAUUUUUCCUACAAUAACAAAACAGGAAUCAAAUUCAAGGCUGUGAACACACAUACGCUGCUUUUAUUUUUUGUUGUUUUCUAGAAUUCUUAUCCAUAUUUUUUGAAUCAGUACAUCAAAGUUGCUGGUAGUGUCCUAAAAUGACUUUUUCCAAGGUCCUAGACAAAAGAGGGCAUAGCGCUGUAGUUGGUUAGUAAGAUUUACAGGGAUUUGGAUCCUGAGUAUAGGGCAUAUUCUCAGUGAAUAAGCUGAGUCCCAUACCAAACUCAGAAGUUUUGUAAAUCUAAUCCUAUUUGUUCUUACACUUUGGUUUUCAGACAAUGCUGGUGCUUCUGCUUCUAAAGUCCAUUGAAGGGAAUGAAACGAUGUUCUUUUCCUUCUCCUUUCCUCCUUUCUUGCUCCUCCUUCUUCAGGAUUAAGGAUUUUGCUGCACAAUUGCAUUCUUUGUUAGGUUAAAUUUGGACAAAAAUUCAAAGCACACAUCGACAUGCCAGUAAGGAGAAAAGUGUUCCAGGAGAGUAUGUUGGGCAGUGACAGGAACAAGUAGACCCAGAAUGAUCCUGAAAACAAAUAGAGAGGGACUUUUACUUGGAUAGGAUAUCAAAAGUGCUGUAAUAACAAGCCUCAUUCAAAUGGCAACCUGUUGAUACAGUGUCUUAAGGGGCUGCUCUGUACUGUUUAUUCUUUUGUUUACAUAAAGCAACAGCAUAUUGCAUGAUGAGAAAUCACACACUGGGGCCAUGUUAUACAGAGGUAAGGGGUUGGAAGAAAAAAAAUUCAUUCCAUGGCAUUAUUAAAAUACAUUCCCGUGUUUCAAAUGGAAUAUAAGAGGCUUUUGGUGAAAACUGACAAAAAGCAAUUUGAUGUUCUGCAGCUGCUAUGAAUACCUAAGCCAUUUCUUUUAGCCAUUAAAGCAGGUUGUAUAAAAUACACAUUUGGUUACCCAAUCAGACUGUUUCAUAAUAGUCUCUGGGACAUAAAACCCUCUGUUCCAUGCCCUGGACCUCAGAUCUACCUCUACAUGGCAUGUUUCCUCUCCCGGGGUUGGGGAGGGGAGACUUCGCAUCACUUAAUUUUGGAUGCAGCCUCUCUCCUAAAGGUUGUCUUCAUAUGGUACCCCAUUUUUUUGGCAGGUAAUCAACCAGUCCCUCUUGAAUACUUUAAGUUGCUACCUCCUAAGGCCAUUUAUUCUGACUAAAUUAUAGAAUUCUAGCACCAAGAAGGGAUCCUAUUAAUUGUCUAGUCCUACACAUCAUUAGUAUUUUACAGAUGAGACAAAUACGGGUCACAGUCUUUCCCCAGGUGUUUGUUUCCUUGUGGCCUUUUAGACCUGCACACCCAUUCUCCCAGGGAUCACAUUAUUAAACCAAAUUUUAAAAUACAUUAUUGGUUGCAGUAUUUGUCCAAUUUUAUAUGUUAUGCUUCAGAAACUUUAGACCACUCACAAAAUCAUUUACAGUUGACUGGUAAGUAAAAUGUGUUUGUGGUCAUUGAUAUAUAACAUUAGGCACACAAUUUUUCUAUUCUGACACUUUCUAUAAUAUCUCAGCUUUGAUUUACCUCAUUUCAACUUAAAAUGUCUUUCCAGACCAUAAACUCUCAUAAAUUCAAGGACUACCUGUAUUUUUCAAAAUAUGUAGAUUUUUUACUAUUUUAUCAUUGUUAUUUUUAUGUAAGUUUUUCCCUGACUUCUGGUGUGCAAGUUCCAUACUGUAGACUAAUUGCUAAAGCACUAGGAAAUAUCUAGGGCCAAUCUGUUAAAGGGGAAUUACCAUCAUACAUAAGUUUAAGCUUAUAAUUAAGUAGUUGAUAUGGUGUUUCACAGCAGUGUCCAAGGACUUACCCAUUUUCUCCAGAGUUUGGAUCUGAGACUCCUUUUCCAAAAUUCAUAACUGAUCUGUGCCCUUCAGACUUCAGGAUCUUUUGCAUAAGAGCAUAUGAUCUAUUUAUAAAUAAACGCUAUCAAACAUACUGUUGUACUAACUAGGAUAAUCAAAUUAGGAUUCCAAACAUUGCUAUCCUUGACAUCACUAAGCUCUUAUUAUUCAAAUAUUUUCCUGGAAAGUAAUGAGGGACUUUGUGAAUGCUUUAUUAAUUGUCUAUAGUCAGGAAACAGUUCUAACCCUAUUCUCAUUGCCCUCUCCCUUCCAAAUAAUGAUAAAAUCCUGUCAAUUAUUUACAUAUACUUUAAGAAAUAUGCCCAAUCCAUUAAGAGUAUUUCAUGGAGUGCAGGUAUUCAAAUAUAGUAUAAUACUGUACCACACCAAAAGCACAUAGAACUUUGUUAAAUAGACAGUGAGAUUAAAAGGCACUGUCUCUCUUAGGUGGCAUUUGGGAUUAAUUGAAUUUGCUGUGCUCACACCAGUAAAGCACCAUUAUGAGGACAGUUGCCUAGGGCAUGGAAAAUGGCCUUGUUCGGUAGGGUUGAAUAAUAUCCUGGGAUUUGUUGCAGUAGAAUUCCUCCAUCUGUAGAUGAUUGGCAGUUGAACAUUACUAUUGAUAAUUAUGAUUGGAAAAUUCAGGAGAAACUAUGAAGAUUGUGAACUGGUUGAGUACCUUAGGUAGAGUGAAUUAUGGGCAAGACAGAAAGGUUUGUGAGACUAACUUCUUUUUAAAUAAACUUUUUAUUUUAAAAGUUUUAGAUUUACAGAAAAAUUGUGAAGAUAGUACAGAGCGUUUCCCUAUACCUCACACCUGGUUUUCCCUAUUAUUAACAUCUUUCAUUAGAAUGGUACAUUUGUUGUAAUUAAUGAAGUAAUGUUGAUACAUUAUUAUUAACUAAGGUCCAAACUUUAUUCAGAUUUCCUUAGUUUUUGCCUAAUAUCCUUUUUCUUUUCCAGUAUCCCAUUCAGGAUACCACAUCACAUUUAGUAGUCAUAUCUCCUUAGGCUUCUCUUGGUUGUGACAAUUUCUCAUACUUUCUUCUUUCCUGUGACCUUGAUGGUUUCGAGGAGUAUGCCCCUCAAUUAAUAUUUGUUGUUUUUCUCAUGAUUAAAUUGAGCUUAUGGGUUUGGGGGAGGAAGACCACAGAUAUGAACUCCCAUUUCCAUCACAUCAUAUUAACAUGAUUGACUCUUGAUGUUAAUUUUGAUCACCUGGCUGAAAUAGUGUUUGUCAGGUUUCUCCCCUGUAAUCCACCCCACCUUCCAUACUGUACUCUUUCGAAGGAAAUUACUAUGUGUAGCCCACACUUAAGGAAUGGUUAGUUACACAUUACAUCCUUGAAGGGGAGCAUCUACAUAAAUUAUUUGGAAUUCUUCUGCGUGGGAGAUUUGUCUACUCUCCCUCAUUUAUUUAUUUAUGUAAUCAUUUAGUCAUAUCAGUAUGGACUCAUGGAUAUAUAUUUUGCACUUUGAGUUAUAAUCCAAUACAACUUAUUUUGUUGCUCAAAUUGUUCCAGCUUUGGUCACUGGGCACUCUCUUGGUUGACUCCCAAGUUCUUUUGACAUAUCCCCCUAUCUUUUUUGUGUGUGUGUGGCACAUCUUCAUUUUUUGGCACUACAACAUGCUCCAAGCUCAUCUUGUAUAUUUUUUUUGCCAGUUCUUAUAAUCAACCAUUUUAAGGAGUCCAGGUUUCUGUUCAUGGAGAAUUGUAUUAGAAACCAAGAUCUGGGUAUUAGGUAUGCUUGUUGCUACUGGGGUAUUGUUGCUUCUAGGUCAUCUCAGAUGACAGUGCAAGGAAAUAUAUGUGUGUACACUAACCCAUGUAUAUAAACACAUAUCUACAAAUAUUUCUAUAUGUAUUAAUCAUCCAUAUCUUUAUUAAGGCUAAACAUGAGUUCAUACUGAUGUCUACAACUCCAGUCCAUUACCACAUGGAUUAUCCUAUCUUAGCCUUUUCCCUUUGCUUACUCUAAUCUUCUACUCUAACAAUGAGAAACCUGGCUCCCACACUCUGCCAUCUACUUACUUAAUUGUCUAAUUCAAAAGCACAUUGUAGUGGUAUCUUAUUGUUGAUCUGUACACCCGUAGGAGCAGCUAGAGCACAGUGGUUAUGUACAUGAUAGUAACAUUUUUAGAACUCCAACAGUUCUUUAAAACAAAGUGAUCUUCAAAAUUCAGGAAUUACAGAUUUCUAUGAUCUGAGUUCCAGGAACUUAGAGUGUAUCCUGCCUUCAAAAGGUUUUCUGAAGAACCAAACCAUUGAGAAUUGACCUAAUCUUUAAUAAGACAGGAAAUUAUUGAUCCUCCACAGUGUGCUAAUACCUAUAUAGAAAUAUGGACACAGAAGAAAGUGAGUGUGCCCAAUUUAAAGAAACACUUAGCACUAUCUUUUCUCACUGUUAAAUAUGGCUCUCUGACAAUAGAGGUGCUACCCUAAGUUACCUCUCUUCCAUAUUUUCCCAUCUCUCACUUGGUUGACCUUAGGCAAGUCACAUCACCUCUCUGUGCCUCAGUUAACCCAUCUGUAAAAUGGGGAUCCAAAUAUCUACCUCACAGGAAUGUUGUGAGGAUUCUUAUUAAUGGAUGUUGGCAAAAAUGACAAGUGAUCCUUAUAUGAACAACAAAGUAUUAUGAUUACCACUAUGAUAAUUAUAGUACUCUAUAUUUACCCUAGAAAAAGGAGAGGAGUAGGCUUCUUGGAUGAUAAAGAGCUAAAUUUGAGUCAGUAACAAAGGUAAUUAAAGAGUGGUCACUAGAAGCAAUAUUAUCUCUUCCUCCCACUUUCCUUACGUUCUCCUUGUUGCUAACUAUAGGAUUCUCAUCUGUUUCCAUACUCAAAGCAUAUUAGGGCUUAAAGGAAUAAGCAGACAAAACCCGUUGCUUUAAAAGCUGUAUUCUUCCCCUUUCCUGAUUCUAUCUGGACCAUAUUACAUAUCACCCUGUCAGAAGCACAGAGGCAAUUUCCCAGAGCCUUUCAAACUUUGGCCAGUCCAGCUUCACCAGUUAAAUAUUCUCUUUUCCCAUUUAUUAUAUUCUUAACAGUAUAAGAAGAAGGGAAACGGGGUGGGGUGGUUGGGAUUGGAGUGGGAUGGAAGAGGAUAGAAUUUAUAUCAGUGGCAGGAUAUCUCUUUGAUUUUCAAAUACUGGUUUUAUCUUCCAUUUCCUUUUCUGGUGGUGGGUUGGGAACAGGGAGAGAGACACUAUUUUGUUAAUUAAGAAACUCUUCUUCCCUUCCAGUAGAUGUUUCCCAGGAUCAGUGCAAGUAGUUGUGUUGGACAUUAUUCCUAUGUUGUAUGCAGUGCGGUUUUCAUUGUAUUUCUAAAUAAAAAGAGGAAGAGAAUCCCUAGCUGUCCACUCCUGUUUUUUGACAGGAAGACACAGUGGGAGAACAGUGCCAGAAACUGACUCUUCAUUUUUGUGUUGGGGAAAGGAGCCUGCAGUGAAAUGACUGAUUUUUGUCAUUGUUUGUUUAAAGAAAUUGUAGGACAGUAUAUUAAGCUUUAUUGCUUAUAACUCUUGUCUGUGCCUCAUUAUUUCAGUGCUUUAGAGCAGCAACCUGUUUUGUUUUCUAUUUUAUACUAGUUCUUGCUCCAGAGGCAUGACGUUGAGGCUAGGAUCAUGAGCAAUCUCUCAUAAACAAGCCUGUUAGGCAUCCAGAAGUACAAGAAUUGCCUCAGUUAGCAUGGUCACAUAGAGAUUACUCUGUUCUAGCCCAAUGGGACUUUUCCUCUGUGGCAUCCAGGCAGGGUGUGUGCUUGGGAACUAAGCGAUCUUGUUAUGUUUGAUCAUUGUACUUUUUUUAUUAAUAAAAAU